GUGAUUAUUUAGUGGUUAGAUUGUGAGUGUUUGGUGAUUAUUUAGUGGUUAGAUUGUGAGUGUUUGGUGAUUAUUUAUUGUUUAGAUUGUGAGUUGUUGGUGAUUUUUGGUGGUUAGAUUGUGAGUGUUUGGUGAUUAUUUAUUGUUUAUAUUGUGAGUUGUUGGUGAUUUUUUGGUGAUUAGAUUGUGAGAUGUUGGUGGUUGGUUAGUGGUUAGAUUGUGAGUGUUUGGUGGUUAGUUGGGUUGUGAGUAGUGAGUGUAUGUUCUGCUGAUACACAGUGAAACUAUAACCAGUCCAACCCCGUAGCAAAGCCUCGAGUCUCUUUAAAAGCUCGUGACGUCACCGAUUUCCGGAAGUACGCAGUGUUCCCGUGUUCCAGAAAACUGAGUCCGCCACGGUGAUUCCAGUACACACUCCUGUCUGGGUUUUUCUUACUUGGUCGUGUUGAUGUUCUGAACUCGGGAAUGAAGUGACACGAUGGCAGAAAGACGGAUCCAGUGACCAGAGGAGGAAAAGAACAUCCAGAAUACAGGAGGGAAAAAGAGGGGAAGGAAAAGUGAUCCAGUGGAUCCUGUAUCAGCAGGGCGAAGAUGCCGGUCGACAGGCAGCGGAUGCGUCCGUGGCUUGAGGAGCAGAUAAACGGCGGUAAAAUCCAAGGCCUGAUUUGGGUUAAUAAGGAGGAAAAGAUUUUCCAGAUCCCGUGGAUUCAUGCGGCUCGGCACGGCUGGGAAUUGGAUAAAGACGCUCCGCUUUUUAUGAACUGGGCCAUUCAUACAGGAAAAUACCACCCCGGCGUGGACAAACCCGACCCGAAGACAUGGAAGGCGAACUUCCGCUGUGCCAUGAACUCUUUGCCAGACAUCGAGGAAGUAAAAGACAAGAGUAUGAAAAGUGGGAGUAAUGCCUUCAGGAUGUAUCGCAUACUUUCUCCAUCAGAGCGAGCAGCUAAGAAAGCAAAGAAGAAAAAGAUGGAACGGGAGGCAAAAGCAGAAGGUCCUGUCCAGAGACGGAAAGUGAAGAACAGCGAGACACAGCAGAAGUCGCAGUCCAAGCAGGACACGCUGCCGGACAGCACGGUUUUAUUAACAGAAUCUGAUCGAAGCCCAGAUCUCAGUUCUCCGAUCAAGACGACGGGGAGUUAUCUCCCAGAGGUCUGCGCCGUCGUGGAGAUCACCACAGAGAACGAGGAGUCAGCGGUCAGCUCCACGCAGAUCCCCUACAAGCUCCAGAUCUCCCCCGUGUCAUGUUACACUGAGAGUGAUGAGGAACGCUCACACAGCGGAGACGACUCAGAGCCUCAGGACCUGUCGGUGGGGUCUUGCUCGUCUGUGCUCAGGAUCGCUCCUAGCGUUCUGGACAAGGUGCACUCGUUCCCCUCGGAAAAGACGAACUUUUGGGUGACGAGUUGCCGCGAGGACUCUCCUAUGAUCAGCUACGACGUGGAGCCUUGGCGUCCGUUCGUCCCUGCGCUCACCUUCGACCUCAGCUCCUGUUCAGUUUCUUCCUCUCGCGCCAGCGUCAUCAUGAAAGCUGUGGACCUUUCGUCCAAAAAGACGUAGAGGCAGCGAUCCGGCUACGCCGAUUCCAUCUCUUCAUCCCUUUUUCUUUUUUUCCUGGUGCUAGGUUCAAUCCCCAGGAGUGUGUAAGGUGGAACGUCGUAUCUGAAUGUAAGGCCAUGCGACGUUAAACAGCGAGUCCAGACGUCACGUCGAACCCACAAGCAAUAAACCCGGAGGUUUAGCUUCCGGGCCUCGUAUCAUUUCAGAGCGGUUUUACUUUAAAAUACUGAACCCGUUAGUGAACUCGCAGCAGCACGGACUCCAACAUUUGAUCUGACCUUUAAUAACAUAAUAAGUAACGUGUUUUUUAUUUUUUACGUUCAUAAUUACAUAUAAAAAAUCUAAACAUUUAUGAUCGCAUUUCCUCGCCAUAAACCGAGACGUGAUUAACGUCAUGUCCAUUUUUAACACUAAAGUGUUUUUUUUUUAUAUUAUAUCCGUUAUUAUAAGAAUCCUCGAAAAGGCUUCUUUUCUCUCCGUUAUCUUCCUUUAAACCAGGAUGAAGCUGUUUAAUUUAGCAUGGCCUAAAACUCAAGACAUACCUCAACUAACCAGUGCAUUUAUUUUUAAACAGGAAAAGAAAUGUACAGAAAUACCUCAGAGACUGCAUCAUGGUUCAUUGCACUCAAAGUAAAGUAUUAAUUCUAGCGAGGAACACGUUCGGUACCAGACUCCGUCAGAGCUUCUUUUCACGAUGGCAGGAGGGGAUGGGUCGAUGCGGUACAGAACGGUUCUGUUUUGAGGAACUUCAUACGAGCUCUGUGAUAAACAAGGCGGUGUUUAUGUUUCUCAGGUAGCGGAAAUGCUAUUAAUCACAAAUCACAGAAUGUAGGACCCUAGAAAAGUCAUAUUACAGCCAAGCACAUGCUAAUGCUAAUAGGUGACCUGGUGUAAAGCAAAGUAGAAGGCGUAAGCGUUCGCGUUAACCCCAAUGAAUGAAAUACCAGCCGCGUUUAAGCCUGAACAAUAAUGAUGAUGAUUAAACGCUGGGAUUUGUGGGAGAUGAAAUGGUUUACACCACGGCUCCGAGCCUGUGAAAGGACUGCGACCACCAUUAAAUCAUAGGUGCAGACGUCUGCUCUUUUUUCAGCUUUUUUUUUCCCUCUGCAACGAAAAAAGUACAAGAGUCAUUAGACAAGAGAUUUCUGUCUGCAACGAUUUGCUUAAAACGUUUUAAACCCACUGAUGAUAAAUGAUAUGGUUUGUAAACUCCGCCUACUCCCAUCAUCUCACAUGCAGCUUUACUCGACUGACCGCGACUGCACGUGAAUACACUCCACUGACCGCUAAUGCACGUGAAUACACUCGACUGACCGCGACUGCACGUGAAUACACCUGAUUGACCGCGACUGCACGUGAAUACACUCGACUGACCGCGACUUCGACUUCACAUGAAUACACUCGACUGACCGCGACUUCGACUUCACGUGAAUACACUCGACUGACCGCGACUUCGACUUCACGUGAAUACACUCGACUGACCGCGACUUCACGUAAAUACACUCGACUGACCGCGACUGCACGUGAAUACACCUGAUUGACCGCGACUGCACGUGAAUACUCUCGACUGACCGCAACUUCGACUUCACGUGAAUACACUCGACUGACCGCGACUUCACGUAAAUACACUCGACUGACCGCGACUUCGACUUCACGUGAAUACACUCGACUGACCGCGACUGCACGUGAAUACACUCGACUGGCCGCGACUUCGACUUCACGUGAAUACACUCGACUGACCGCGACUGCACGUGAAUACACUCGACUGACCGCGACUUCGACUUCACGUGAAUACACUCGACUGACCGCGACUUCACGUGAAUACACUCGACUGACCGCGACUUUAAAGCUGCCGUUGUGAUAUAAAUAAACGUCAUCUCACGUGUGAAGGUAUUUUUAUAGCAUAAUACACGAGAUAUAUAUAUAUAUAUAUAUAAUGUGUGUGUGUAGUUUUGCAAGACAACUGCCAGCAAGUUUCCAGAGCUGCUUAAGAAAAGAAAACAAUUUUAUAUCAACAAAAAGAAACAGCAAAUCAAUUUAAUAUAUUUUAAAGUAAAAAAUGUAAAAAUUCAGCUGCUGUCAGAGCUUCUAACUGCUCUAUAAAAGAUUUUUUAAAAGUCAACAUUCACAUUCAUCCCAAAGGUGUUCAAUAGGGGUGGAGCUCUAUAACAGGAGAUCUUCCACAUCCUCCAAUCCAUGGAAAGCAGAUCUUCAUGGAGCUGGCUUUGUGCAUUGUCAUGCUGGAGCAGGAUUGGAUCUCCUAGUUCAAGUGAAGCAACAAUUUCAUGCAUUUUGGGGAAGAUCCACACACGAGUGGGGAAAAGUAAAGCUUCCAGAUACUUUUGGAAACGCUUUGCACCGGGUCACAUGCUCAUUCACGUACUUGCAUUAAAGACAUUAGAAAAGUGUCUUACGCUAUUAGAGGCUCCAUUUCAGUACACGUGGUGGAACAGAAGCACCAGCGUGACCUCCAUAGAUUAGAGUUCUCACAUAAUCAGACAGUUUAGUGUUCUUCCUUGCGCGCACACACACAGACACACACAGUGUUAGCGUGAAUGUGGUGUGUUAGCAAUUAAAAAUGUUCAGUAGUCAGAAGGUUUUGAAGCCUUUUGUGAUUUUGACACACAGACGAUCUUCAGAUGAGUAGAUUUGUACUUUUGGGUUUAUAAGUAAGGACUUGUUGAUUUAUUGUUUUUUUUUUCUUGAUAUUUCGAAGAAAAUAAAAAUAAAUCCAGUUUGAUAAUCA